AUGGAGGGUGAGAUACAUGGACUUAAGACUUUGAUUAUGGAAGAUACUCCAAGUGCUUACUACAUCCACUGCUUUGCGCACCAGCUUCAACUAACUCUUGUAGCCAUUUCCAAAAGGAACGAUGAGUGUAUUUGGCUUUUUGAUACUAUUGCAAUUUUGUUGAACGUAAUUGGAGUUUCUUGUAAGAGAAGGGAAAUGAUUCGUGAAAUUCAAGCACAAAAAAUCGCUAAAGCCUUAGAGAUUGACGAACUUGAAACAAGGACGAGGUUGAAUCAAGAACUUGGUUUGAAAAGGCCUGGAGACACUCGUUGGAGUUCUCACUACAAGACUCUUUUGAAUGUCAUGGACUUGUUUUCUGCAAUUGUUAAUGUUCUAGUGAUAAUUGGGAAGAAGGGUUCUUUAGAUGAUAAGGCAAAAGCUCAAGGCGUUUUGUACUCAAUAGAGUCAUUUGAUUUUAGUUUUAUGGCACAGCUAAUGACCACUAUUUUGGGUACACUAAUGAUUUGUGUCUUGCUUUACAAAGAAGGGAUCAAGAUAUUAUUAAUGCUAUGA